AUGGUCAAUUCUCCCAGAGUCAAGCUUCUUAAUGCAGACUACGCCCGCAGACUCAUCCAAUCGCCUGGACCACGUGUAGUGCCAGUGGAUGCCACUUGGUACAUGCCCAACUCGCCUAAGAAUGCUAAAACGCAAUUCGCUCAGGAAGAUCGUAUCAAGAAUUCGACUUUCUUUGAUUUGGACUCGGUAUGCUGCCGUACGAGCAAGUAUCCGCAUAUGCUUCCCCCUCACAGAUUGUUCGACAAGGAGGUUGGCAAACUUGGGAUCAAGCCUGAUGAUCUUCUUUUGGUGUAUGACAGACAAGGUAUCUUUUCUGCACCAAGAGCAGCGUGGACGUUCGCUCUUUAUGGCCACCAUAAUGUGUACUUAGUGGAUCAUUACCCUCAGUAUAAGGAGAAGUACCCUGUUGAGACCGGCCCUAUCCGUGAGUCCAGCAAUGAAGCAAAGGACGAAUCCGCUUAUAACGGAAUCGAUAAUACCGAGUUUGGUAAGAACUACCGCGAGCAGGUCAUCGAGUUUGACGAAUUGGCUGAUUUGGUCGUGCUGAGGAACUUGGACGAGUACUAUGUGUUUGAUGCCAGAAGCGCAGAUAGAUUCCAUGGCAAAGCUCCAGAGCCUAGAAAGGGAUUGCUGUCUGGACACAUCCCAGGAGCGCUCAAUUUGCCAUUUACCAAGGUGUUGAAUGAAAGUGGCCAGUAUAAAACAAAAGAGGAAUUAACAGAGCUCUUCAAGAACGAGUUUGGCCUUGACUGGAACCAACCUUUGGACAGAAAGGGCGUUAUCGUCAUGUGUGGCACGGGCGUAACAGCUGUGAUCCUUCGCUUGGCAAUUGAAAAGGUCAAUUCCGAAGUACCUAUUCGUGUCUAUGACGGCGCCUGA